CUGCAUGUCAGAUCAUUUUGACAACGUGACAAAACCGCUCGAAGAAUUCCUUGACUGUGGUUUGUACAUGAUCAGGUUUUACGAACGACGUCUAGCAUUUCAAAAUUUGUCAACAUUCGCCAUCUUCUUCGCUGGAGUGCCUGCAUUCAGCAUCCAGUUCAGUUGCGAUGGCCGCCACGAGUCAACAUUUCAAGCUGUCGAGUUUUUGUGGAUAUUUUCGCUUUUCUUUUCUAUCGCCAGUGCCAUCGAUAGUCAAGUGAGUUAUCAAUUGUCUUCGGCUGUGGACAUCAAAUCGGGUGCGGUACCCCCAAUGUGGGUCUCAGCAUGGAUUGUGACCGCCCCUUUUAUAUCCCUACUCAUAUCGGUGGGAUCGUUCGUCGUAGGCAUCGCCCUCUUCACAUUUUUGAAGUUUGUCAAUGCUAGAUAUGCCCCCGUUUGUGUAACCAUUGCCUUGGCAAUAUGGAUCACGGGGUUAACCUGCACGUACAUGUGGUUCUUUAUCAAUCUGAAUCUUGGAUCCAUCGCGAAGAAGUGGGUCGGGAAUAUUUUCCACAUAGAUAAUAAUCCAGCGCGUCCUAAUCCCCCUGCAGCCAAUCAACCUCUUCCCCCGACAUGGUCGAUCAGACGCAAUACCUUUGCACCUACUCAGUGGGACCGUAUAACACCUCUCAUAUGGAAACCAACAAAUGACAGAUUGCGGAGGCUCGCCAUGCGCGUGAUCGAGGAUAAUCGCCUGUAUGGUCCCGGCCACAACUCUGCUCAGAUUAGGCAGGAAGAUAAUUGGAGGAUCGAUAGCAACAGGAUAGCAUUCCCUUCGGGGGUGUAUUCUGAAGAAUGGACUGGGGUUCACGUUUCAGCUGUUCACGACAUCCAGUUCAGUGCAGACGGAAAGUACAUGGCAACCUGUUCGCAGGAUGAAAGGAUUGUCAUUUGGAUUGUAGAUUCGUCCAACGGUGCCAAUGUCCUCCAUUCGUCGCGGCCCAAUCUAGCCUCUCAGCCUCUUCGUCUUGCUUGGCACCCCAACAUGAUCCCUCUAUUGGCGGCAAUGCCAGCUAGGGGCACCACGUUGGUUACCUUUGAUUUAAGGGAUGCUAGUCUACUCACCAUUAGUUCCUUGUCGGCUAUGCAAGGGCCAGUAAGGGCUAUUGCUUGGAUGCCGUACAACGAGGACCUCGUUUAUACUGAGAGUUAUUACAUCCGCUGUAUUAAUCGUAAAAGUGUCGAACAAUGGAGUGUCGAGCUUCCAUAUUCACUUGGCGAAGUUGCAAUAACCCCAGAUGGUACUAGGGCCAUCGUGGUUGGUACAGUGGAUGAAGUGGGUACAGGGGAUACCGUGAAAAUCAAGCCAUCAAGAUCCCCUCCUGAACGAAGGAUUAUCUUAAUCAACAUAGAAGGACGACAGAUAAUUUUUGAGACGCCAACCCUAAACCAAGUUCGAAGUUUAGAUGUAUCCUCUGCUGGAGCCUUGCUACUCGUCACGUACGAGGGAAAGGCAUUUCCGCAACUGUUCCGUAUUCACUCAGCAAAGCUGGUCCUUUUGCAAACAUACUGCUUGCCCGAAGAGGUGGAAUACUCAGGUUCUGGCCAGCUCGGUUUCCCUGACUGGACGUUUGGAGUGGACGGGCCACGUCGCGAUGAUUGUGUUGUGAUGUGUGCUAACAAAAAAGGCACCAUGUUUAUCUGGGAUCGUGAAUCAUCCCAUCUCUUAAAGACCUUGGAAAUACCUCUUGGCCCCGCUUCUAGUUUGACUGGAUUUGCAUGGGAUCAUGGGUCCUUUGGGAACCCAAUGAUCGCGGCUUCUUCGGCAGAUGGGACCAUUUGGCUUUAUAACCCACAGAGGCUGGACCCUGGCGUAGCUGGCCAGCAGAGUACGAUUGCAAGCACCCACCCCUGAAAGCACGAUUCAUGGAAAACUUCGAAUGAGAUGACAUAUGUACAUAUACAUAUGUCACGCUUGUACGCACAAGUUUAACAAAGGCUGUUCACAAUGACCAACGCAGAGGCCUGCAUUUAAAUGAUCGAUAAUUCCAGGGAACGACUUGUACGAACAAUCAGCGUGUCUACAUAUAGCACGAAACAAUGGAUAUGCGCCGAGGCAAGCUCUGGGGACAUAAUCAUGUCCACCACCGCUGGGUGUUGGCGGGGAUGUUAGAAGUCAAUCAAGUACCAGCAGCCCAAGAGUCUUCGAUCAAAGAGAGAGAAAGUACGUACCGAUAGUGAUGGGUAGGCU